AUGGCUCUUCCGGGCCGCCAACGGCUAUCUACAUCGCCGUUCCUCUCCUUCCUCGUCCUCCCGUUCCUUGUAUUUCUUCUCAGUUUUGCGGGUCCAGUUUCUGCAGUUGGAUCUGCAGUAAUUGGUGUUGAUAUCGGCACAGAAUACUUCAAGGCGACAUUAGUGAAACCUGGCAUUCCCCUCGAAAUAGUGCUCAGCAAGGACUCUAAGCGCAAGGAAUCGGCCGCAAUCGCAUUCAAACCCACACGAGACCCCUCCGCACCCUUCCCCGAACGAUUUUACGGCGGUAAUGCGCUUGCUCUGGCAGCUCGAUACCCCGACGAUGUCUACGUCAACUUGAAGACUUUGCUCGGUGUGCCUUUUAACGACGGAAACGAUGAGGCGAUCAAGGGUUACUGGAGCCGGUAUCCAGCUUUGAAUCUUGAGACCGCUCCCGAUGGCCGAGGCUCCGUCGCCCUGCGCAGCAAUCGACUUGGUGAAGCUGAGAAGAAGGAUGCGUUCUUGGUCGAAGAGAUUCUGGCCAUGCAGUUGCAGCAGGUUAAGGCUAAUGCCGAUACCCUUGCUGGUAAGGGAUCGGAUGUCCGGAAUGUUGUGAUCACUUAUCCGGCUUUUUACACCGCGGAGGAGAAGCGGAGUCUCAUUUUGGCGACCGAGCUGGCAGGUCUGAAAAUCGAGGCGCUGGUUAGUGAUGGAUUGGCUGUUGGCUUGAAUUACGCCACUUCUCGACAAUUCCCUAGUGUUUCCGGUGGAGAGAAGCCUGAAUACCAUGUUGUUUUUGAUAUGGGCGCUGGAUCGACUACUGCGAGUGUGCUGCGCUUCCAGAGUCGCGAAAUCAAGGACACCGCUCGCUACAAUAAGACUAUUCAGGAAAUUCACGUUCUUGGAACUGGCUGGGAUAAGACACUUGGAGGUGAUUAUUUAAAUGACCUCAUCGUGAAUGAUAUGGUUGCCAAAUUGGCCGAAGACAAGAAGUUGAAAGACAAGGUCACUCCUGAGCAAAUUAAGGCUCAUGGAAAGACCAUGGCCCGUCUUUGGAAGGAUGCAGAGAAGCUCCGCCAAGUUCUCAGUGCUAACACCGAGACAUCUACCAGCUUCGAGGGAUUGUAUGACGAAGAUUUGAACUUCAAAUACAAGAUCAGUCGUGCUGCCUUCGAGAAGAUGGCUGCUGGUCAUGCCGCUCGUAUCGGUGCUCCCUUGGAGCAGGCCCUCGAGGCUGCUGGGUUGAAGUUCAAGGACAUCGACUCCGUUGUCCUUCACGGUGGAGCUAUUCGAACUCCCUUUGUCCAGAAAGAGCUCGAGAGGGCUUGUGGGUCAUCUAAGAAGAUUCGCACCAACGUUAACGCCGACGAGGCCGCUGUUUUCGGUGCUGCAUUCAAAGGUGCCGCCCUCAGCCCUAGCUUCCGUGUCAAGGACAUCCGUGCCCAUGACGCGGCUACUUACCCCGUCCUUCUGAAGUGGAACUCGGAUGGCAAGGAGCGAAGCCAGAAGCUUUUUAUCUCUACUUCCCAGGUUGGCCCAGAGAAGCAGGUAACAGUCAAGAACCUGGAUGAUUUCGAUUUCGGCUUCUAUCAGCAAGUCGAAGAAAAUGAAUUGCCUGUCUUGAGUGUCCAAACCCAAAACCUGACCGCAUCGGUAGCAAAAUUGAAAGACACUUUCGGUUGUUCUGCCGCAAACAUCACGACCAAGUUUGCCAUUCGCCUCAGCCCUAUCGACGGUCUGCCUGAGGUUACAGGUGGAAACGUGAGCUGCGAAGUCGAGGCAGAGAAAAAGGGCAUUGUUGAAGAUGUCAAGGGUUUCUUCGGUCUUGGGUCUAAGAAGGAUGAGCAGCAGAUUUUGGGUGAGGAUGGUGAACCUGCUGAAUCUAUUACCUUGGAGCCUGAAGCCGAGUCUUCGACCACCACCUCUGCCAGCCAGUCUACUACCUCCGGCGCUAGCAAGGAUAGCGCCAAGGGUACGGCCAAAACAAAGUUGGAGAUCAUUCCCAUCAGCCUGAAAUCCACCCAGCUCGGAACCAAGGCACCAUCAGCCGCUGAGCUAUCUCGCAUUCACAGUCGUCUGACUGCCUUCGAUUCCUCGGACCGCGACCGUAUCCUGCGUGAGGAGGCAUUGAAUGAACUUGAAGCCUUCAUCUACCGCAGCCGCGACCUGAUUGAGAACGAAGACUUUGUGAAGGUGGUCAAGGAGGAUCAACUAACAACCCUCCAGGAAAAGGUCUCUAAGGCCAGCGACUGGCUGUAUGAAGACAGUGAUAAUGCGCACACCGCAGACUUCAAGGCCAAGCUGAAGGAUCUGAAGACUAUCGUUGACCCCGCUUUGAAGCGUAUCAAGGAAGCCUCUUCCCGCCCUGCGCGUGUCGAGAUGCUUCAAGAAAUGCUGAAGAACGCCGAGUCCAUGAAGCAGAUCAUUGAGAACCAGAUUCAAAAUGAUGAAGCCACAUACGAGUCUGCGCUUUCUGCCUCAAGCACCGCAACUGUCGAAGAGCCCGAAACUGACUCCGCCACCCCCACUCCGUCCCCAUCUGACGAGUCCCUGGAUGAUCUCGACGAGGACGCAUACUCAUCUUCCUCCUCAAAGAAAUCUACCAAGUCUUCGGCGCCAGCUAAGCCCACUGGGCCUAAGUACACCCUCUUCACUCCCGCGGAACUCACCUCCCUCAACCAGGUCUAUGAAUCCACCAAGCCCUGGCUUGAAACACAAAUCGAGCUCCAGGAGAAGCUCACUGAGUCAGACGACCCCGCUCUGACACUCGUGGAGAUUGACUCCCGUUUGCGCGAGUUCGAGCGCGUUCUGAACCGCAUGUACGAGCGUAUGACUGCCGCGGCCGGCAAAAAGAGCCAGAAGACCAGUGGCAGCAAGGGCAAGAAAGAUAAGACUGAGUCCGAGAAGACCAAGGGCAAGAGUGGUAAGGGCAAGGACAAGGAAGAGAAUAAGAAGCAGACUGGAGACGAUGAUCGCAAGGACGAACUGUGA